AGAACAGUGAUGUCACAUUACCAUUUCCGGUCCUGCUCCGUGGUGGAUGUGUAAAGCGUCAUGGCCGGAACUGCGUUAAAGAGAUUAAUGGCGGAGUAUAAACAACUCACUCUGAAUCCUCCAGAAGGCAUUGUGGCAGGUCCUGUGAAUGAAGAGAACUUCUUUGAGUGGGAAGCUUUAAUCAUGGGACCUGAGGAUACAUGUUUUGAGGGUGGUGUGUUUCCAGCUCUCCUCAGUUUCCCCUCUGAUUAUCCACUCAGUCCUCCAAAGAUGAAGUUCACCUGUGACAUGUUUCACCCCAACAUUUACCCAGAUGGACGUGUGUGUAUCUCGAUCCUUCAUGCCCCUGGUGAUGAUCCAAUGGGGUAUGAGAGCAGUGCAGAGAGGUGGAGUCCUGUACAAAGUGUGGAGAAAAUUUUACUGAGUGUCAUCAGCAUGCUUGCAGAGCCGAAUGAUGAGAGUGGAGCUAAUGUUGAUGCCUCUAAGAUGUGGCGAGAAGACAGAGAGCAGUUCAACAGACUUGCUAAGAAGAUUGUCCGCAAAUCACUUGGGCUCUAAGACACACACACACACACACACACACACACUGAGCACUUUAUCUGAGCCAAGCUUCUCCUUCACUUACCUGAUGGACAGGUGAUGAAGUGAAGGAGCUUCUCCUCUUCAGCUGUUUUUAGCUCUGCUCCUUAAGUGUGAUGAAGAUGGAGAGACAGAAAGAAAAAGACAGCGUGAUUCUCUCUUUAGAUGUACAUUUGUUUUUUCAGCAUGUAACAGCUUUAGUCUCAUACUGCAUUUAGAGAACCCUGUAGGAUUGUGGGAAAAAUGAAAGACUGGGAUUUUGGCUGAUUAUAGUAUUUUGCUAUAAAAGUGAUACCUUUUAAUUAGUAAAUUAUUUUUCUGGACUUUCGGGUUUUUGUUAUUUUUGCAGUGACAAUAAACACCAAUAAAACCCCCUGAACCUUCA